UGUGAUUGUCGGUGUCUCCAAACACCGCGACGCAGAGAAGAAGCAGCUGUGAUGACAUGAAUCCUCCCGGUGAGGAAGAGUAAGACUCCCUGCUUCAUUCCUCUGUGAGCGACUGAAAACAUCAACAUGGCGUCUGAAGGCUUCGCCCACGAGCAGGACAGAGACACAGAGAAGGACCGGCUGCUCUCCUCCAUGACCAGCUAUGGGUCCCAGGACCUCCUCGAGGCUGGGAGCCCACGCCCCUCGGGUCUGGAGGACUCUGUGCUCCCCCCCCAGCAGCAGGAGGAGGAGGAGGAGGAGGAGGAGGAGGAGGCUCUGAGGAGGAAACUCAAGUACUUCUUCAUGAGCCCCUGUGACAAGUAUCACGCUAAAGGACGCAAGCCGUUCAAACUGGGCCUUCAGCUGCUGAAGAUCAUCAUCGUCACUGUGCAGUUGGUUCUGUUCGGACUCAGCAACCAGAUGGUCGUGACAUUCAAAGAGGAAAACACGGCUGCGUUCAAACACCUCUUCCUGAAGGGGUACGAGAAGAACGCUCCUCAGGAGGUGCACACGCAGAAGGAGCUGUUAGGCCACAUCCACUUUGCCAUCAAGCAGUACCUGGCUCUACCGGACAUCUCACUGGGACGGUACGCCUACGUGUUGGGCGUCGGCGUGGACGGGAGCGCCCUGUCCCUCUGCCAGAGGUUCUUCAGGAAGGGAACCAUCGACCCCGUCAACGACACGUUUGACAUCGACCCCCGCGUGGACAUCGAUUGCCUUGGCGUGGAUCCCGGGAAUUACAGCAUUGGAAACAGUGACUACAAGAAUUUCACUCUCAAGUUUCACAAGCUGAUCAAUGUGACAGUUGACUUCCAGCUGAAGGCCAUCAACAUCCAGACCAUCAUAAACAAUGAGAUCCCCGACUGCUACACCUUUGCCAUCACGAUCCUCAUGGAUAACAAAGCGCACAGCGGCAAAGUGAAGAUCAGUCUCCUGAACCAGGCGUCCAUCACCGAGUGUAAAGACCCCAAUGUGUCCGGGCACGCGGAGAGCUAUGCCCGGGUGUUGUUGGACGUGCUGGUGGCGGUGGUUUGUCUCUUGUCCCUGCUGCUGUGUGGACGCUCCAUCCUCAGAGGCAUCGUCCUGCAAUAUGAGUACGUGCACUUUUUCCAUCUCACACUCUGCCGCAGUGUGAGCUGGGGAGACCGGAUGGAGUUCAUCAACGGCUGGUACAUUCUGCUCAUCAUCAGCGACGUGUUCACCAUCGUCGGGAGCUUCAUCAAGAUCGGGAUCGAGUCCAAGAAUUUGUCCUCGUAUGAUUUGUGCGGUAUCCUGCUGGGAACCUCCACCCUGCUGGUGUGGGUGGGAGUCAUCCGCUACCUCAGCUUCUUUCAGAAAUACAAUAUCUUGAUCGUGACUCUUCGAGCUGCUUUUCCAAACGUUAUCCGCUUCUGCUGCUGUGCCGCUGCCAUUUACCUGGGGUACUGCUUCUGUGGCUGGAUCGUGCUCGGGCCUUAUCACACCAAGUUCCGCUCCCUGUCCACGGUGUCCGAGUGUCUCUUCUCUCUCAUCAACGGGGACGACAUGUUUGUGACGUUCGCUGAGAUGGAGCGAAGCGGCACCCUGGUGUGGAUCUUCAGCCAGGUCUACCUCUACACCUUCAUCUCCCUCUUCAUCUACAUGGUGCUGUCCCUCUUCAUCGCACUCAUCACCGGAGCCUACGACACCAUCAUGGCCCAGACUCAGGAGCAGGUGCGGGUCACUGACCUUCACGUCUUCAUCGCUGAGUGCACGGACACGCCCUGCUCCGGCAAGUUCCGAGGACCUGAGGGCUCGUCCUGCUCCUUCCUCUGCUGCUGCGAGUGGUGAAGAGGAGGUGGGAAAGCCCAGCAGGGACGAUGGAUGUCUUGACAGUGGACAGACUGACCUUGGAACAUAAUGUCCUCUGCGCCCCGGGUUUGAAUUUUGCAUUUAAAUUAAUUCUGGACCAGUAGAAGGCACUUAUCAGUCACAAGGCCAAUUACCUGCUUUUGUACUGUCUGAAUAAUUUAUUGCCUCUUUCUGAAAUCUCAGUUUGUUGAAGCUUUGAAGACGAGACACUUGACGCCAGUAAACACGACUGGACACGGCCCACAGAGUUAAAAGCAAAUGCUCUCUUAAUUGAUGUAUGUUUUUAUAAUUUUACUGUCCACUCGGCCACUUAGGAGACAUUCUUUUGUGACCCGUGAUUAUGCAAAUACAUGUAAGCAUCUGGAGCUUCACGGCAGAAGUAGAAUAAACACAAGGGAGGCAGGCGAGCAGGAGAACGAGCGGCCAUUAACUGCCCUGUGUGUGUGUGCAUCAGCUCCUGCAACACUUUUCAUGAAUUUGGUUCUUUCCUCUCCUCUUCCUCAUUUCAUUCAAGUCCCGACUGUAACUGUGUUGAGAUGAAGGCUGCACGAGGAGGGACGAGCCCUGCAGCCGACCAGGCGCUCAUCAAUAUGGAUGAGCUGCUUCUGCUUUAAAGAGCCAGGUGCUCGCUAAUGCACUGCAAGGCCGGGCAUUUCCGCUGUUUGUUUUUUAAAGUGUUGAACACGAGGCAGCAAAAAAAUAUGUCAUGUAAGAAAAUGUUAGGAUUUGCACAUUGUGCCGGACUCGUCAGCCCUUUUAGCCAACGUCUUGUAUUUGUUAUAACAAGAUGAAUCCCUAAGAUGUGUCAGUAUCUCCAGGAAACAGGUGAUUAACUGAUUAACUUGAUUUCCCUUGUGUACUUUUUAUGAUUUUUUAUGUUUUCAUGCUGUUUUUAUCCCUGUAAAUUGCACAUUUCUAUGGUUCAACCAUUUUUAUUUAAAGGUACGGUGUCCGAGGUGUCAGACCAAGUCGUAGUCAUCACACUGACAUUAAACCCCCUCCAUAAACCACGUCCCUGUUACUACAGGAGCUUCCUGAAGUGCUGAUGUCCCUCCUGCUGUUGAAGGUCAAAUGAAGGACGCUCAAUGGAAAAGGGACGUUCACUGGACAAACUCUGAUCAGGAGAAAACAGAACAAAUGUACUCGUCUGUUUUUUGUAUUAUUGUGUCGUGUUUACUUAAUAUAUCGGCUCUUGUUUACAGUCACUACAGGUUUGUUCAUUCACAGUUGAUGUUCCACUUCAUGAAGAGCGAUGUUCAGCUUCUCUUGAUGUAAAUGUGACACUUGGGAGUCGUACAGCUCAGCGGAGCACAGCACCGUGGAUCUAAUGCAUCUGUUAAUGUUCUCCUGACACUCUUCAGAAGGUAAAUCUGAUUUAGGAGAAACCGUUUUACUGCUCACUAUGUUUGUUUACACGUAUUCCUUAUGCUGUCUUAAUUAUUACUUGUUAAAAGGGAGUUUAUCUGUUAAUGCACCGGAAGAAGUUUACACAGGUUUUUAUCGUCUUUUGUAUUGAAUGUUUUCUGACAGAACUCUUUCUUCUUCUAUUAUCAUAUCAAACUGUGUCAAGUAUAUAAACCAAUUAUCUAAUGAAAUGAUAUUUAAUCAUGCUACCAUAAGUGAGUUCAACAUUUAUAAUUUUCAAACAUAAGAUUCCCUCAAAUGUUUUGGUUAAAUUGGAAUAUUUGGAAAUUUUAAAAUUUAAUAUUGAUGUUUUUGCCGCCUGGUUAAACCAGGUUGAGAAAUUGGAUUAUUACUCAUUGUUAUAAUUGUUAUGCACUAACUUGCCUAAUAAAAUCAACGUAAUAUAUUAAAAUGAAUAUAUAAAAAUGUAAAUGUGAUGCCAAUGGAGAGAACAAAAUAAAAAACAAAAUUCAAAACUGUUACGAUGGGAAAUGAGAUCAAUGAAACUGCAUUUCAAAAUAAAGAGUUGACUUUUAAUGAUUUCAAGAGUUGUUUUACAACUGUUUUUGUUCACUUAUAUGUUCUAUACAUGAUUUACUUAUAAUAAUAAA